AACGAGGGAGAAGAGCGGCAGAACCAAAAACGACUUCGACGGGCACACCUGCUUCUGGCCAGUCAAAGCGAGCAACCAAGCAGCAGCAAUCGAUUGAUCGAAACCUGUUCAGUCACAACACAAAAGUAACAGGCAUCAAUUCACAAUUCCAUCUGUUGCUUCUGUCUCCGUUCACGAGAAAACACCCUUGAGCAUACUGUACUAUUACCCAAGCAAAGCCAUCCAUCAAGUAUACUAGUAGUCACAUACAUUCCCUGUUGCAAAAGUAGAUUAGAAUGACCAAAUUGGAAGUCACCGCGGGUGUUGUUGCUGGACGAGGCCGUCGCCAGAGACCAACUUCAACAUCACCGCUGAUGGCACUAGAAGUAGCAACUGCCCAGUCCCAGAGCAUCACCGAUGCCAAGGCCAAGUUUGUUGCCAGCGUCUCUCGCGGUGUCGCCUUGUUGAUGGAGGAGCGUGGGUACAGCCGUGGAAGAGCUCAGACGGCUCUUCUACGACAAAUUUCUCGAUACGACAAGAAGAGCAACAGCCCACCUUCCGAUGAUGAGGUGUUUGAUGUCAUGUCCUCCCAUGGGCUUGGCAUGGACGACGCUGCCAUGGCUUUGACUGUCUCCAAGGCUGUUCAACGAGAGAUCGAGGGGCGAGAAGUCUCCAUGAUUGCAGCCAUUGACGACCUCACAUCCAAGCUGUCAGUCGCCGACCUUUGCCGGGUGGAUGUACCUACGCCACCCGCAACAACAGCCACUGCGGCUGGUAGUGCUGAUGAUGUAGUCCCUGUCAGGAUCGUUCCAGCGAUCGAACGAGUGGUCACACAGCAGAAACGACCGCAGCAAAAACCUGCAACUCUCUUUGCCACUUCCAACACCACUGCUUCUACAUGUACUUCUGUUCCUCCUUCUGGCCGAAAAAACAAGGCCCACAACAACAAAACCAUCAAGCACAAAAAUACAACGGUUGCAAAUAUGCGAAAGCGAUCGGUGGAUGACAUAGCCGAAACCAACAACAAGAAAGAAGAAACACCCAAAAUUAUCGUCAAGCGAGACCGCUCCGAUUCUCUCUCGGAAGUCGUCAAUGCCAAGUUUGCCGACAAGAAGAAUUGCAAUAAAGACGACGAUGCUACUUCAGUGGCGUCUUGUGCGAGAACUUCGACCGGUUCCGUCCGAUCCAAGAGAGUCCGCCCAGACGAUGUCGAGGCCGCAACACAAGGUGCUAUGAAGCGAUCUCGUUCCGUGGGCGACCUUUAAGUUACAACACGAUUUUCCUCUUCUUCUUUCUUCCUUCCUACCCACCUACAAGCUCAAUUAUCUAUCUACUACUGUCUCAUUUUGCAUAGACCACCAGGGCUCUCUGCGAGUUUGACUCUGGCUGCUACCUGCGAGCGUUGUUCUUUCCCUUCUACUUCAUUCAAUGCAUUCCACCAUCUAUUCUACUGCGGGAACCGAAUCGUACUGGCCAAAUAAUGUUUCUAGCACCUAGCUAGCUAAUUUUAAAAUAGUUGCAGUACCGUCAACGUAUACCUGAGCUGUCUUCGUUUGGCCCCGAUUGGGUGCCUUCGAAAAGAAAUCGUCCCUGGCAUUGGACAAGUGAUGGCUUCUUGAAGACUAAUGCAGGAGGGAGGUCGGAUUGCCCGAAUGUCAGCGCUACUUCUGAAAGCUACGAUUGAUUCCACUUUGCUCCAUCCACACUUCGGCAACAUGUGUUGUUUCGAAAAGAACGAGUUUGGAUGAUGAAGCAGUCGGGCUGAUUACAGAAGAUGUUCUCACCGCAAAUGAAUUGCCAUGUCUAGCGGUUCUUUGAGACUGUCGCUCUAAACGAGGUUCGUCAAAUUAAUUAAAAAGAUCAAUAUAAUAUCCUUAAACAUGAUCGAGAGCAAGAAAUCCC